AUGGACAAACUAACUUAUCAUGGAUUAGUCCAGUCUGUACGAGGUGUCUUGUCUGAGUUAUCCUUGAUCAAAUGUUUCGCGGUGUUGAUCUUUGCGUGCAUCGCGACCCGUGUGAUCACUGGUCUGCAAAGUAACCAACGGAAAUCUGACCCGACAGGGCGAACACCACGGCUAGCUCCUUACUGGUUCCCCUGGUAUGGUCAUGGACCAUCAUUUCUGUGGAAUCAUGUCGGUCUCCUCGAGUCAUUACGGGACUUUAUGGGCGAGCCCGUAUUCAAGGUCUACCUGCGAGGGGAACGCCACAAUAUCGUGGUGUCACCAUCGAUGAUUAAGACAGUUUUGUCGCAAAAGUCAUCUGACAUCACCGUGCUGGAUCAGGCAAUGCGAUAUGUCUUUGAAGACCGCAGCCUGGUGCGCAGCUUGCGUUCAAAUCGCAACAAGGAGAUCAACGAUGAUGUCGCGGGGUUUAUCAAUCAAGACUCUUUUAUUAAGGAUGCAUCCGCGGCGAUCACUCGACUAUUGCAGCGCAAUGCUCCGAACUUGGUGACCUUCUCCCGGAGCCCGGUGGAUCAGGUCGCAUGGGAGCGUGACAGCUCAGUGAUGUUAUCUGAACAUGACCAGUCAAUCUGCGAGGUGAACCUCUUCGCACUGGUCAGAGAUUUUGUGGGCCACAAUAUCACCACGCUUUUGCUGGGCGAGACCUUUGUCGAAGCGUUCCCUGGUGUUCUCCCGAAUUUCUGGACACUAGAUGCUAAUUCUGUAUCCUUGUUUGCGGGAUUCCAACGAUGGAUACCGACACCUGGCAUCUCCUCGGGACAUGCUAUGAAGGAUCGUCUCAUGCAUAUCAUGUCGGUCUUUUACCGUGCGUUUACUGCCUGGGACGAUGGCAUUGACCCAGGCAUUGAGCUUCGGGAUCUCGACGAUGUCUCAGAAUUAUUUAAGCAGCGAAUGCGCACAUUCCACAAAUUGGGCUUAUCCCCCAAGGCCAGUGCGGCGGGAAAUCUGUCACUUCACUGGGACUUGAUGGAAUACAUUGUCAAAAUGACCUUCUGGAAUCUGAUCCACAUCUUCGCCGACGAAGAACUACUCAAGGAAAUUCAAAAGGAAAUGGACCCAAGCGUGAAGUCUUCGCGCCCUAAUCGACGAGAAACCGGGUUUUCAUUCGAUGAACCGCCAACCCUGAACCUCGACAUUGAGAAAAUGCUACAAACCUGCCACUUACUGAAAGCCUGCCACUACGAAACCAUCCGUCUCCAUUCCGCAGGAAUCUCUCUUCGAGAGCUAGACUCUGAUUUGAAUCUCACCGAGUCGGCUGGCGAAGCCUUGGAACCUCGCACAUACAAGAUGCGCAAGGGCGAAAAGGUGCUCAUGUCCCAUGGAGUCUACCAGAACGAUCCAGCGCGCUUUUCAAAUCCACACCAGUAUGACCCGUUGCGGUACAUUGUUACGAACCAUACAUCUGGCGUUAAGGAAGCCAAUCCGGAUAUCCUUGGACCGCUCGCGGAUGGUCUGUAUGCACCGAAGAACAACGCUUUUAGCGAGCAGGCGAUUUUGGCUUUUACUUCUACAAUCGUGUCUAUGUGGAUUAUUUCUUCGGCAGAUGGGAAAGGUAUCGUUGUACCCCCUCACAGGAAGACAUGGGGUGCUUUCCUGCCUGCAAAGGAUGUGAAGGUACAUAUCAAGGCAAGGGUGUAA